AUGAAGCCCGUGCCGAUCCCCCGCCUGCUGCUGCUGCCGCUGGUGGCGGCGCUGGCACUGCUGGCACUCAACGACACGGCCCCCACUCGGCACCCGCUGCAGCCGCCGUACCCGCACCCCUACCGCUUCCUGCUCAACCACCCCGACAAGUGCCGGGCGCGGGCGCCGUUCCUGGUGCUGCUGGUGGCCUCGGCGCCGGCGGACGUGGCCGCCCGCGACGCCGUGCGCCGCACGUGGGGCAACGAGAGCUCCGUGCCGGGCGCGUCGGUGCUGCGGCUCUUCCUGCUGGGCGCCCACCCCGUGUUCGACGCCGCGCUGCGCCCGGUGCUGCGCGAGGAGGACGAGCUGCACGGCGACCUCCUGCAGCAGGACUUCCUGGACACCUACAACAACCUGACGCUGAAGACGCUCAUGGGGCUGGAGUGGGUGAGCCGCUUCUGCCCCAACGCCACCUACGUGAUGAAGGCCGACACCGACGUCUUCCUCAACCUGGAGUUCCUGGUGCGGCGGCUGCUGCUGCCGCCCAAGCGCAACUUGGUGACGGGCUACGUGUACCGCAACACCGGCCCGCUGCGCAGCCCCGCCUACAAGUGGUUCGUGCCGCGCGAGGUGUACCCCAACGACACGUACCCGCCCUACUGCGGCGGGCCCGGCUACGUGCUCUCGGGGGACGUGGCGCUGCGGGUCUUCGCCGCGGCGCAGACGGUGCCGCCCAUCAACAUGGAGGACGCCUUCGUGGGGCUGUGCCUGCACGCGCUGGGGCUGCGCGUCACCGACGGGCCCCCCGGCGCCUUCACCAUGUACCACCUG